AUGUCACAUACCGUCUCUCCCAAUAGAAAUAGUGUAAUUUGUAGGAUUGCAAGAGGGGACACUGUUCUAUUGGUAUAUCCACCCUGUAUCGACUUUCUUAUCGUUUUUCUGAGUUGUUUGAGGGCAGGAAUCGUCGCUGUCCCUGUUUAUCCUCCGUACCCGAGUGGAGCGAAGAAGAACAUCCACUUAUUUGCAGGAAUUCAAAAGAAUUGCUCCGCCUCUGUUGUAUUGUGCAACAAGUUUUUUAUUUAUCGAAAUCGCAUUAAAUCUAGUGAGUAUAUGAGGGUGAAGCAGUUAGCGGACAUAAAGAACGUGUUUUCUCGCAUUAGUAGCGAGUGGCCUUCCGUGACAUGGCGCUGUACGGAUAGCUAUGUAUCGGACCUUUCUCCCUGUGAGAUUCCGGACGGUUUUCAUUCGCAAGCCAAAUCAUCCUCUAGACGAACCUGCUCUCUCCUUCCCUGCGUCAUCCCUCUGCUUCCUUCAAUACACUUCCGGAAGCACUUCCUUCCCGAAAGGCGUCAUGAUCGCCAUUUCCAACCUUCACUGCAACAUGGACAUCAUCAUCUCCGCUCUGCACGCCGAUUCUUCUUCCAUCGUCGUGAGUUGGCUUCCCCAAUAUCACGAUAUGGGUUUGAUCGGAUCAUCGCUCUGCCUCCUUGGCAUCUACUUCUCUCCGCUCGCCUUCAUCGCCGAUCCUUGUCUCUGGCUUCUCCUCAUUUCUCGCUACCGCGCCACCCAUCUCCAAGGCCCCAACUUCGCCUACUCCCUUCUCCUUCGCAAGCUCUCCCUCUGCGCCUACCGCCAUCGCUUCGAUCUUCGCUCUGUCCGCCACAUUUUCAACGCCGCCGAGCCCAUUUCCACGCUCACCAUGCGCCAAUUCGCCGCGCAAUUGAAGCCUUUCGGGCUGCGCAGCGAGGCCCUCGUGGGCGGAUACGGCCUGGCCGAGUGCUGCGUCUACGUCAGCGACGGCGGACACACCAUUUUGACCGUUGA